GACUUUUUGUUCCAUAUGUUCUUUCUUGCUAGAUACUGCAAACUCCUCGAAGAAAACUCUUUCAGGGGAAAGACUGCUGAUUUCCUUUACAUGCUCUAAUUUGGGGCAACUGUUUUAACCGGUAUUGUUCUCAUUGGUGGAAUGAUACCUUAUUUGUCCGUCUCCUUCUCCAAAAUCAUCUUCCUCAGCAAUUCGUUGACUUUCAUGAUGGUCUAUGUAUGGAGUAAACAAAAUCCUUACAUCCACAUGAGUUUCCUUGGUCUUUUCACUUUCACAGCAGCUUAUUUACCAUGGGUGCUUCUUGGAUUCUCUAUCCUUGUUGGUGCAAGUGCAUGGGGGGAUUUUCUGGGAAUGAUAGCGGGUCAUGCAUACUACUUCUUGGCGUUUGUGUAUCCACGAAUGACGGCUCGGCAUCCCUUGAAAACUCCAUCUUUCCUCAAAGCCCUGUUCGCUGAUGAACCUGUUGUGAUUGCACGGCCAGAAGAUGUGCCUUUUGAUGAAAUCCACCAAGACUGAAUCUUCAUCUUCUUCAAAAUCAGCCACACGCACCUUGACCUGACCUUUGUAGUUAAAAGGGCAUCCACUAGUGACUUUUGUAGUUGUGGAUAAUGUGGAAACGAGAAUGUUGGUUCUGAUUUUUCCUUA